GCACAGCGGUAGCCAUGGCGAGAAACCUGAUCUUCUACUGUUGCCUGGUCGCUGCCGUUGCUGUUUCGGCGCAAGCCGCGCCGCAAGACACGCUGGACAACUUGGACCUGGACGAGAUCCUCAACAACGACCACCUCCUGAUAUCCUACACCCAGUGCAUGCUCAAUGCAGACGACGGAAAGUGCACCGCAGAGGGAAAGGAGAUCAAACGCAGGCUGCCGAAAGUGUUUGCGACGGGAUGCGGGGACUGCACGCCUAGCCACCUGGAGAGGGCUGUCAAGGCCCUGAAGCACAUCACAGACAAGUACCCUGCAGAAUGGGCCAAGCUGAAGGCCAAGUUCGACCCGACGGGCGAGUACACGAAGCAUCACGCUGAGACCUGGAACCAGCAUCGCGUCAAUAUAUGAGAGCCACGCCAGUCCGAGUCAUGUGACAACUUCAUCCUAUUUGUUCAAUAAACGGAAUUUUUAAGCUCACACCUGUUCACAAUGUUAUUAUAUA